CCGCGGGGUCUUCUAAGUCUGAAAGUCUCCGGAGCUUGCGCCGGGGUAUUUGCGGCGCCCUACACUUAGACGCGGGUCUUAGAAACCGGCGGGGACUAAAGAGUUGUUGCCGGAUCUAAGUCUAGGCGGCCGAAGUCCGCAGGGAUGAACCUCGAGUUGCUGGAGUCAUUUGGGCAGAACUAUCCAGAGGAAGCUGAUGGAACUUUGGAUUGCAUCAGUAUGGCCCUGACUUGCACCUUUAACAGAUGGGGCACGCUGCUUGCAGUCGGCUGCAAUGACGGCAGAAUUGUCAUCUGGGAUUUCUUGACAAGAGGCAUCGCUAAAAUUAUUAGUGCACAUAUCCAUCCAGUCUGUUCUUUAUGCUGGAGUCGAGAUGGUCACAAGCUCGUGAGCGCUUCCACCGAUAACAUAGUGUCGCAAUGGGAUGUUCUGUCGGGCGACUGUGACCAGAGGUUCCGCUUCCCUUCACCCAUCUUGAAAGUCCAGUAUCACCCACGAGACCAGAACAAGGUUCUCGUGUGUCCCAUGAAAUCUGCUCCUGUCAUGUUGACCCUUUCAGAUUCCAAACAUGUUGUUCUGCCGGUAGACGAUGACUCCGAUUUGAACGUGGUGGCAUCUUUUGAUAGGCGAGGGGAAUAUAUCUAUACAGGAAAUGCAAAGGGCAAGAUUUUGGUCCUAAAAACAGAUUCUCAGGAUCUUGUUGCUUCCUUCAGAGUAACAACUGGAACAAGCAAUACCACAGCCAUUAAGUCAAUUGAGUUUGCCCGGAAGGGAAGUUGCUUUUUAAUUAACACAGCAGAUCGAAUAAUCCGAGUUUAUGAUGGCAGAGAGAUCUUAACCUGUGGCAGAGAUGGAGAGCCUGAACCCAUGCAGAAACUGCAGGACCUGGUGAAUAGGACCCCGUGGAAGAAAUGUUGCUUCUCUGGGGAUGGGGAGUACAUCGUGGCAGGCUCCGCCCGGCAGCACGCACUGUACAUCUGGGAGAAGAGCAUUGGCAACCUGGUGAAGAUUCUCCACGGAACGAGAGGAGAGCUCCUCCUGGAUGUAGCAUGGCAUCCCGUCCGGCCCAUCAUAGCGUCCAUCUCUAGUGGAGUAGUAUCCAUCUGGGCACAAAACCAAGUAGAAAAUUGGAGUGCAUUUGCACCAGAUUUCAAAGAGUUGGAUGAAAAUGUAGAAUAUGAAGAAAGGGAAUCAGAGUUUGAUAUUGAAGAUGAAGAUAAGAGUGAGCCUGAGCAGACAGGGGCAGAUGCUGCUGAGGAUGAGGAAGUGGACGUCACCAGUGUGGACCCCAUCGCUGCCUUCUGUAGUAGUGAUGAAGAGCUGGAAGAUUCAAAGGCUCUGUUGUAUUUACCCAUUGCCCCUGAGGUAGAAGACCCAGAAGAAAAUCCUUAUGGCCCCCCGCCAGAUGCGGUCCAAACUUCCUUGAUGGACGAAGGGGCUAGUUCAGAGAAGAAGAGGCAGUCCUCGGCAGAUGGGUCCCAGCCACCUAAGAAGAAACCCAAAACAACCAAUAUAGAGCUUCAAGGAGUGCCAAAUGAUGAAGUCCAUCCACUACUGGGUGUGAAGGGGGAUGGCAAAUCCAAGAAGAAGCAAGCAGGCCGGCCUAAAGGAUCAAAAGGUAAAGAGAAAGAUUCUCCAUUUAAACCGAAACUCUACAAAGGGGACAGAGGUUUACCUCUGGAAGGACCAACGAAGGGUAAAGUGCAGGCGGAGCUCAGCCAGCCCUUGACAGCAGGAGGAGCAAUCUCAGAACUGUUAUGAAGGCUUUGAAGCUCUUUGUUCUUACCCACUAUGCCAUCGGGUGGCUUCUGGACAAUGUGGUCAGUCAUUUGAGAUUGACUUUAAUUUAAAACAAAGGCCUCUGCCUCCCGUGCAGGAGGUGGAAUGAGUGAAUUUUAUGUUUGAAUGAAGAAGUGAAUUAUGGAAGAAGAGCAUAUAUCCCUGAUCUUCCCUUUCAAGCAUAAGUCCAAAUAGGCUCUCAGGAAGAGGAUUUAUAAAGACAUCAAAUAGGAGAUUUGACUCAUUUAUACUUUAACACUUGGUUGUGUUGCUGGAGCAAAGAUCCCUGUGUUUUGUUCAUCUAACUCUUGCACCCAGCAUCAUUUUGACACAUCAUUUCCUGUCUCCUGUUUGCCUUCUCUCCUUGAUGCAUGUCCUCAAAUCUCAGAUUUUGUGCCCAGUGUCCUAGGAAAACUGUUGCAUACUCUUUCUUUGAUUUUUAAACUUGCCCUCUCCCAGAUAGCUCCUGUGUUUCCAAAUUAUAUACAAAAGUGGGCAGAAAAAAGUGCUUGAAAGAUUUUAAAUUUGCAGAAAAAGAAGGUAAGAAGGCUUCCUCUUUGUCAUACUAUGUUUUGCUCAACAAGCUGGACUGUAAGAGAUUCAGAUCUUUUCCUUGCAUUGCAUAUUUUUUCCAGUAUUGAUUCAGUCUCAUUAAUCAUGGUUUUUGAAGAUAACUAGUUUUAUCCAACUCCAGCAAAGGAUCAUCAGCAGUUUUUACUACUUUACUAUGCUGACUUCUAGAGUCGGAAACAAACCAAGAUGUUUCUCAACAAGUUUCUUUUUAAUUGGGCUGGGGGAACCUGUGCAAGGACUAAAUUACCCCCACAAUCAAAGCAGGAACAACACAGUUCAAAUCAAAGAUCAAAGUAAAAUUCUUAUUGUUGCCUGUGGAAUCCUGUCCCCACCAGUCAUUAUGGCUUUCUUUCCUGUGUCCGUGCGCCUUUGUCUUACUGUAUUUUCAGUCACUUCCUUUCUGUGAAAGGUUGCUUAGCUUUUAUCUUUUUCUUUCUUUCUUUUUUUUUUUUUGCUUUGUUUUGUUUUGUUUUGUUUUGCUGUUCUUUAAAGAAGUAGCAGAUUGGAUGGAUGUGUACAUGAGGUGUUUGAAAUUUCCUGAAAAAUCGAGAGUCAGGAAACCGGUGAUGAAAAGAGCUUAGUAGCCUCUCGGACUAGCUUAUAGCUGCUCAGAAGUGCUUAUCUUGCAUCAUCAUUUUCUCAGUAUCUUCAAAGGAGAGUUUCCAUACUGUGCUUACAGUGAAAUCUCUCGAC